GAAACAAAAACUAAUAAAAACCCGAAAAAGGAAGAGAAUUCUAAACACAAAAAGUAAUUUGAACUCGUCAGCGCCCGAUCCCCGGUCGCGUGCCUUCAUAUCCCCGAUCAGUGAAUGUAAUCCUCCUGAUCGGGGGUGUCUCUUGCUCCUAUUCCCCAGUCGCUCCUUCUGAUCCCCAGUCGGGGAUUUGAUCCCUUCUGGUUGGCGUCCUUCCGCCUGCCAACCCCGAUCACUGCGUUCUGAUUCUCGGUCGGUCGGGGAAUCACAUCAGUCCCUCCCUGUUGAAGAAGCUUUACCCUCAAAACUUGUGUGUUCCUGCAAGAGAGACAUCAUCAAAACUUCCCGCCUAAAUUCUUCUUAGCGCAGUCAACAUGUGUCUUCGAGCCAUAAGAUGGGUUCCAAUUUGGUCCUCCAACUUCGAGCCAAUUGCAUUUCCUCUCUCCCUUUCCCAAUUCAUCUCCAUAUGUUGUUGAUCUUCUCGGAUUUUAGUUGACGACAAUGGUUUGAGCAGAAACUUUCGAUCUCCUUGCUUGAACCGGUAGCUAUUAUGUCUUUCGUCGUGAAUAAAUCCAUGAUCAAAUUGUCAUGGACGACCCAAUAAGAGAUGAGUAGCCUGCAAUGGGGCAACAUCACGCCAUACUUCAUUUGCAUACUCACCAAUCUAAAAUCGAACCUUGACCUUCUUGUUCACCUUGUUGACUGUAUAGUCGUUCAACCACUGAAGUUUCUAAGGUAGUGGAUGCUUAAUGGUACUCAGUCUCUCCUUGCUGACUACAUCAAGACUCACAACAUUGGUGCAGCUGUAACACCCCACCCUAAAACUAAUAGGUUGAACCAAUGGUUCAACCGUACAACGACAAUUUCUUCUGGUGGUUACACUAAAAUUUAACUCUUUAUCAUUGAUAACAAUACCAACAACGUUUUAAUCCAACAUCCACAACAAUCCAUUCUCAAAUUUACUCUUCAUACACCAAAUAUCAACUCAAUCUAGUUAAUUUGCUUCAUUUAAACCAAUUGAUAGUGUCAUUCACUAUUGUGCUCAAUACGGUAUCAUCUAUUAUGCAUUGAAUUUGUAAAUUUUUAUGGUAGUUAGUUAGAUUUCAGUAGGUACAUGACAUUAUGGGUGAAAUGAGGACGACUGGUCAAAAUGUAGAGGUCGACUUAAAUACGCAACAUCUCAAAAGAUUGUCGUCUCAUUUUCCAACAAGCGAUCAAUCUAUUAUUUAUAAAGGUCGACCUAGGCACCUAGCCAACAUUCAUCUUAUUCACCUCUCUUCGUUCAAGUGAAUUCUUCUUUUUUGUCGACCUUUCCAUGUAAAUGUUUGACCUCUUUGCUGAUAUGGUCGUUCUUGUUAGGAGAAUGGUUGAAAUUUUUGUUUAUGAGUCCCUUAAAAUGGUCGACCUUCGCAGGUUUGAGGUUGACCUCUAUUUUUUACCAGAAUGCCUACGUUGGUGAAACCGUUCGAUCUCUAUGUUGUUUCGAUCAACUGUUUGGUGCAAGUUAUGUUGACUUGCAAGUCACAAUAGGCGUACUCUAAAUAUUAUAUAUUUUGUCUGAAUAUAAAUUGAAAUAACUUUAUACAAAUAUGUAAUAUUAAUAAAUUUUCUCCGCAUGAUCAUGUGGAAACCGAGUUAAAUCGAUUGGACCAACGACUCUUAGCUACUUGUUUGAAUGGGUUAAUGGUUUAAUUGAGUUGACAACCUUGGUUAGUACACUACUGUCUACUCACUUAUACACAAGGUUGUCAACCCGUGGGUCGACCUGUUUUGAACCUGAACCGGUGAGAGAAACGGGCACCCACACCCAUCAAGUCAACCCUCUGCAAGGUUACUGAGUUGCAGAUCACGUGACGGCGUUUUUUCCUAUUUGAUAACCCAGGAACAUCAGCAACCCAAAACCUGAGGCUGGGGCUGGGGCCUGAGGGUACCUGCAUACUAACAUUCAUCUUCCAACAAGCGAUCAAUCUAUUAUUUAUAAAGGUCGACCUAGGCACCUAGCCAACAUUCAUCUUAUUCACCUCUCUUCGUUCAAGUGAAUUCUUCUUUUCUGUCAACCUUUCCAUGUAAAUGUUCGACCUCUUUGCUGAUAUGGUCGUUCUUGUUAGGAGAAUGGUUGAAAUUUUUGUUUAUGAGUCCCUUAAAAUGGUCGACCUUCGCAGGUUUGAGGUCGACCUCUAUUUUUUACCAGAAUGCCUACGUUGGUGAAACCGUUCGAUCUCUAUGUUGUUUAGAUCAACUGUUUGGUGCAAGUUAUGUUGACUUGCAAGUCACAAUAGGCGUACUCUAAAUAUUAUAUAUUUUGUCUGAAUAUAAAUUGAAAUAACUUUAUACAAAUAUGUAAUAUUAAUAAAUUUUCUCCACAUAAUCAUGUGGAAACCGGGUUAAAUCGAUUGGACCAACGACUCUUAGCUACUUGUUUGAAUGGGUUAAUGGUUUAAUUGAGUUGACAACCUUGGUUAGCACACUACUGUCUACUCACUUAUACACAAGGUUGUCAACCCGUGGGUCGACCUGUUUUGAACCUGAACCGGUGAGAGAAACGGGCACCCACACCCAUCAAGUCAACCCUCUGCAAGGUUACUGAGUUGCAGAUCACGUGACGGCGUUUUUUCCUAUUUGAUAACCCAGGAACAUCAGCAACCCAAAACCUGAGGCUGGGGCCUGGGGGUACCUGCAUACUAACCAUCAAGGACUUUGUCCCGGCGCAGUGCCCAGCGUUGUACCAAGGGUGCCUCCGGGAACACCAAAAAGGUGGUACUAAGAUUCGAACCUGGGACCUUGUCACAUCCCAAACUCGAAACUCGCCCUUUUACCAACUAGGUUGUCUUACCAUAGGCUGAGUAAUGUUAUAUGUUAUUUCUUAUAUGUUAAGUGAAAUUUGAUAAAAUUUAUAAAUUUAUGAAUAAGAUAAUGACUGGAUUAAACCAAAUUAAAAUGGUUGAAUCAUUAAGCCUAAACCCACUUAAUUGGUUGAGCUAACAAGCUAAAUAGAGUUGACAACCUUGCUUACAGUUAGAGGAACAGGAUAUAGAAAAAGCCCUGUGUGGACGAAAAGGCCCUCGGCGCUUUCCUUCCUCCUCGUAUGCACUGUUGUAAAACCCUCGCCCCAAUUUCUUCCCAAACCAAAACCCCUCUCUUGAGAAUCAGAGUUUACAGAAUAUAAUUCCAUGGCAUGCCAGCCAUUGAUACAAGGCUUAAAGCGUGAUGUUCAAAUCUUUCAUGGCCAACACAACCGCUUAGUGACCUGAGAAAAGCCGCAACCAGAACCCAAGGUGAUAGAACUCUUCAGUAGAAGCUUCAAUUUUUUCCUGCUUCGCUUGCUCCCCCGUCAGUUCAUGCUUUGCUUCGACAUCUUCUGGUUAUCGUUUCCGAAGUUAUGCGCGUAGUUUUCCCAUGACCCAUUUGCUGAAAUUUAGAGUAAGCUCUGUUGUCAAAUGGUUCUCGCCCAAUUUUGCGGAUAUUCAGAGAACUCCAUUUUUGCCGGUGGUGGGUUCCUUUCCUAGGUUUUACAGAGUGAAUGAACUUGAAAUGCAUGAUGAUCUAGGCAAGGUUUCUUCCGAGAAUGACCACAAGGUCGGCAGAAUCACUCCUUCCAUGAGAAAAGAGGCCCAAGCUGCUCUAUUGGACUACUUGCAUAUCACUAGAGGGUUCGAGUUCAACUUCGCUGAGAAUAUGAGUCGACAUUCGCAUCAUUUCCUCGGUGAAUUAAUCAGAAAGGUCAACACCGAAGGUGAUAUUGCGCUGGCAAUCACUCGGUUCAUCUGUUACCAUCCGAUCAAUGAAUUCGAACCUUUCUUCGAAAGCCUAGGAUUGAAACCUUGUGAGUACUCCCCAUUUCUGCCACGCAAAUUGAUGUUCUUGGCUGAUGACGAAUUGCUGCUUGAGAAUUACCGCAUUCUAGCUACCUACGGGAUCGAGAGGAACAGUAUCGGAAUCAUCUACAGGGAUGCCACAGAAGUAUUCAGGUAUGGCAAGGGAGUGUUAUCAGCAAAACUUUCAGCUUAUGAGGAAUUAGGCCUUAGCACUUCUUUCGUGGCUAGAGUUGUUUCUUGCUUUCCUUACCUAUUGACUGGGGAAGUGAAUAUUGAUUUCGUUCGAGUAAUGGAGAUAUUGAAGAGAAUAGGGAUUGACUUCCAAUGGAUUGAAGAUCAAUUAUCAGAGAGGAAUUCUUCCUGUAACUGGAAGCAGUCUUUGCUGCUGCUGAAAUCUAUAACCAGGGCAGGUUAUAGCGACGAGAAGAAGCUAAGCCAGCUCUUGAUCGAGCAUCCAGAGAUUCUUUUUGGCGCAGAGCAGUCAGUAUUGCUAAUCGGUGUACUACUCAAAACAGGAUCUUCAAUGGCCAAGAUAGUCUCUAUCUUGCAACAAUUCCCAAAAAUGGAGGUUGGGAAAUUUGUUUCAAACUUGAGGCAGGGAAUUCACAUGCUGGACGAGAUCAAAAUGGAACCAUGUGAGAUUGCAGAGAUCGUUCACUCUCACGCGUUGCUGCUCGGUUCAUGUACUCUGAAGAAGACCAAGACAUUGCUCUACCGUUUGAACAUUGGGAAGAAGAGACUUCGUGAGCUCAUCCGGGAGGACCCCCGGACAAUGAAGAACUGGGUUCUGGGCGUUGGAGUUCAACCGAUGCAGAGUCGAAGAGGGCAAAGAUUGGAUUGUAAAACCGAGUUCUUGUUGGGCCUGGGAUAUGUGGAGAAUUCCACUGAAAUGGCGAAAGCGUUGAAGGUUUUCCGCGGCAGAGGGAGUGAGCUUCAGGAGAGGUUUGAUUACCUCAUAGAAGCCGGGUUGGACAGGGAAGCCGUCCUGGGGAUGGUGAAGGUAUCCCCACAUAUUCUUAACCAGUCGAAGGAUGUCACCGCGAUGAAGAUCGAUUUUCUGGUGAAGGAGUUUGGUUAUCCGAUAUCGUGCGUAGUUGGAUUUCCAUCCUUGCUGAACUUCAAGGUAGAGAGAAUCAAGCUUCGGUUGCUGAUGUAUGGUUGGCUGAAAGAUGAAGGAGUGGUUAAACCUGGUCUCUCCCUGAGCAAUAUGAUUGCCUCCUCGGAUUCUGUCUUCUUCGGGCGAUACGUAGAAAAGCAUAGAAGAGGGCCUGAUGUUUGGCAGGAUUUGAGGAACAAGAUUUAUGGGGAUGAUAACGUGUAGAAUCUGUUCUUGGCAUUGCAUUUUUUGCGCCGGAGUUGUGCUGUAUCAUUGUAUGUAGCUUAGCAUUCGUUAUGGCUGUCAUUGCAGUGUAGUGUCAGCAGGAAUGGUCGUCGGGUUCCAGGCUUUGGGCUCUUAUUGGUCUCUAUGCUGGGCCCAACAGGUAAGGAAAUGGAAAAUUACUGAUAGAGACAGAGACCAGCCCAGAAUUUUCACAAAGAGGCAGGCCCAAUGUCAAAAUUUUACACACAAGAUAAAAAGCUUAAAGAGGUUGUGUUCACUUCAGAGAGUAUCAAUGGCAGCAUGUUCAUCUCGAAACGCAGUGUGAUCUUGGAAGAAUUUGGGAUUCAUUGGAUGAAUCGAUGUUAUCUCUGCCUCUUGUUCAGGGGUCGAAAUCGCAAGAUAUCAAUCCAUUUGGUAGCUCGUAAUGCCUUAUUUUUAUUACUCCGAAUGUUAAACAAGUUCGGGUUAAUUUCGUACAGGAAAGGGACGACACAGCAGAGCAGGGCUGCAGCUCACUAGCACCACUACAUCCGCCUUGAAAACGCAGCUGCCAAAAGCAAAACUAUUAUACUUACUACUGAACUGUCGUUCUUUCUUACUUAACUAUUUGGCAGACAAAGACAACCUUAAUCUUAGCAAAUUGAUCCACCCAAUUGCAAGCCAGUUUCAGAUUUGGAUCGAUAUGCACGUCUCCUUCCCUGUCCAUAAAUUUUGGCCUCGAUAAAAAGGUCGGUGGUCAAAGUUCAGUAUGCUGUUGGGUUGGUUAUGCUGCAAUCCAUUACUACAACGAGUCCCCGCAUCUCAUCCAAGUAAAAUUUUGUGGCGACCCUUUGACGGUCCAAAGUACGAGUGGAAGUUUGGUUUGAGGUUUGUGGAUAACGCAUAUAUCGUACCAAAUCAUACAUAUUGAGGGUAAUUAUACCCGUGAUUUAUCGGCAAUGGGUUGCUUGUGGUUAGUAAAAUCUUGAAUUUUGUGAUUAGUCGUUAACGGUUAACCCACAAAACUCACUGUAACUAGAUUAGUCUAACAAAUUUUUUAUUUAUCUUUAAGUCCACCAUACUUAUUGAUAAUCUUUUAUAAUAUAAAGAACAAUGGUUGAUUCCGUAAAAGAUUUUAAAAAAAAAACUCGUUGUCAAAACAAAAAAGUUAAAGCAUGUUUCGUCUGGGACUAAUUUGCAUUUUAUAAAGCAAAAAACUUUCGUCUCUUUCUUCUCUACAACAUAAAAGUUAAAUAACAAACUCGAAAACGCAAAACCUCCACGCUUAGUAAGAUAUACAAAAUUUCAUCUCCAUAAACAACAUGACAGUAUAUCAUUAUAGUCUAAUCGUGAAUUGUGGAUUCGUUGGUGGUGGUUGCAACUCCAUGUCGGCAAAGAUGAAUUUACCACAACUAAACCGCAGUGGGUAGUGAUAACCAACUCACCACUGCGAUGUGGUUUGUGAUUAACAUAACCAUAACUUUGUGAAUGUUGUUGACCACAAAAUAUGGGAGGGUAACCCAAACUGCACCAAUUUAUACCCCUAUUCCAAUGAGUCUAGAACAUUGUUAUACCACUUAUUUGGAUGGAUUUGGUGCGGAUAUUUAAAAUAUCAAAAUCGCACCAAACUCAUUACCCUAAUUUUGGGAUUCUGGGAAAACCCACCCAAAGAUAACAUCUGUUGAAUUUUCCCGCUAAACCAAUUUGAAUUCGGUUUUAUGAAGAAAAAAGAACAUACUUGAGUAUUUGAAUUCGGUUUUAUGAAGAAAAAAGAUACAAAAAUGUGCAAACUUGUAUGUCUAAUAACUAGGGCUGCAAACGAGUCGAGUCGAGUUUUUACUUAGCUUGAGCUCGACUCGUUUAUAAAUUUUUCAGCUCGAGCUCGAAUUUUGAUAAUCCAGCUCAUACUUGUGCUCAGCUUGAAUAAAAAUAAUCUAGCUCGAGCACGACUCGAUAGAGCUCGAUAAAUGCUCAUUAACAUA